AGACGGACAAGAAAAAUGACGUCAUAGACACUGCCAUUCAUACGUCAGAGGUUUUGGCAGCCCGUGAGUGAACUAUUUUCUUCAUUGUUGACCUUUCCUAAAUCUUAGGUGUAAUUAUUUCAUCAUUACGUACUCUGGCUGUACCCUUUUUUAUCAAGCAUAUAUAUUUUGACAAAGUCCCGACUAUGGAUUCAGAAGACGACACAAAGGAUGAUGUGGAUUCUGGGAAUGAGUCCAGUGGAGACGAUGUCGACUUUGCAAUGGACGUUGAGACUCACAGUACAAGGGAACGACAAACUGAGCUCGAGGAAUAUCCAUAUGAGGUGCUAUCUACGGAGGAAAUCGUUCAGCACAUGGUUGACUGUAUAAAAGAAGUGAACACUGUUGUUGAGAUACCAACAACAACAACUCGAAUACUGUUAAACCAUUUCAAAUGGGACAAAGAGAAACUUAUGGAACGAUUCUAUGAUGGGGAUCAAGAUCAAUUGUUCUCCGAGGCUAGGGUUAUUAAUCCUUUCAGGAAACCAGUCAUACAAAGGCCAAAGUUACCCAGACGGAUAUCAACAUCAGGGACAGAGGAAUGUGAAAUAUGUUUUUCAGUUCUACCAUCAUCGAUGAUGACAGGUUUGGAAUGCGGACAUAGAUUUUGCACACAGUGUUGGUGUGAAUACUUAACAACUAAAAUAAUGGAAGAAGGCUUAGGUCAAACAAUAGCAUGCGCAGCCCACGCGUGCGAUAUCCUAGUGGAUGACGCCACCGUCAUGCGGCUGGUGCGGGACCCACGAGUCAAGCUCAAGUAUCAACAUAUUAUUACCAACAGUUUUGUGGAGUGCAAUCGGCUACUGCGAUGGUGUCCGUCGCCGGACUGCAGUAAUGCCAUCAAGGUGGCGUACGUGGAGGCGGCGCCGGUCACGUGUCGCUGCGGUCACACCUUCUGUUUCGCGUGCGGCGAGAACUGGCACGACCCUGUACGCUGCUGCCUCCUAAAAAAAUGGAUAAAGAAAUGCGACGACGACUCUGAAACUUCUAACUGGAUAGCGGCAAACACAAAGGAGUGCCCCAAAUGUAACGUGACCAUAGAGAAGGACGGCGGCUGCAACCACAUGGUGUGCAAGAACCAGAACUGUAAGGCGGACUUCUGCUGGGUCUGUCUCGGACCAUGGGAGCCCCAUGGUAGCAGUUGGUACAACUGCAACAGGUACGACGAGGACGAGGCUAAAGCGGCCCGCGACGCCCAGGAGCGUUCCCGUGCAGCGCUGCAGCGCUACCUGUUCUACUGCAACCGCUAUAUGAAUCAUAUGCAGUCGUUGCGCUUCGAGUCCAAAUUGUACGCGUCCGUCAAGGAGAAGAUGGAGGAGAUGCAGCAGCACAACAUGAGCUGGAUUGAGGUACAAUUCUUGAAGAAAGCCGUGGACAUUCUGUGUCAGUGUCGACAAACGUUGAUGUACACUUACGUGUUCGCGUAUUAUCUGCGCAAGAACAACCAGUCGGUGAUCUUCGAGGACAACCAGCGAGAUCUAGAGUCUGCCACGGAGACCCUAUCCGAGUAUCUAGAGAGGGAUAUCACUAGCGAAAAUCUCGCCGAUAUCAAACAGAAAGUGCAAGAUAAGUACAGAUAUUGUGACAGUCGGCGUAAGGUUUUGCUAGAGCACGUACACGAGGGCUACGAGAAGGACUGCUGGGACUACACAGAGGACGCGUUGGCGCCGUCACCCACCAGACCUAGUAAAGCCUAGUUAUUGCAAUCCGCCCCGGCUUCGCACGGAUGCAAUUCACAUUUAGUAAGUUUCUAUUCGCCAACUUUUUUCAACAAUUAUUAUCAAUUAAUUGUACACACUCAUCAGUGGCAGACUAAGGGGGGGGGGGGGGGGGGGGUUUGAUCACAUUAUAAAUUCGGGUUGGAGGCGUUCAUUAUGAGUUUUUAUAAUACCUACCUAUGGAUAUGACACACGAACCUUUUACAUCUAUAUCAUUACCGCGGAUC